AGACCCGAUUGAAGGCGUUGGUAGUUGACAGCACGGAUUGGUUUGUCGUGAACCAACCAAAUUACUAACCCAGAUAACUUAAACGAGAAACAAACGGCAUUUUUUAUUUCGACCUGUCCCGUCCCCACCGGGCCCGGUCGGGCUGUAAAUAACUUUGCUGUUUUCAAUGUUGGCCCCUGGAAACGUGAUCUCUGGUGGUUGACAAGCCUCGGCUAACGUUAGCUAACACGUAGAGUCUCUCAAACAAAGGAAUUGGGGAUAACGCCUCUGUCCUCCAGUCACUGAACGUUGCCUCGCAUUUUUACCGUCGGCCAACGUCGUAGACGUGAACAGGCCGAGCUAAAGACGGACGUUAGCUGUUUAUCCGCCGAGGAGCGACCCCUUUAUUCUAACGUUGCCACGCUUUGUGCGAAGCUAACUGCUGCUAGCCUUGUUAGCUCCAACGGUAGCAUCCUGUGAGCGAAACACCAAGCAAAAGACACCCAGCAGCGUGAACCCCUUUUUUCUAUAGAGUGCGGUGAUAAUAACAAGCUAUGGAGCAGUACACCACUGCCACCACCACAACUGGGGAGCAGAUAGUUGUGCAGACAUCCAAUGGACAGAUCCAACAGCAGACACAGGGCACAGUGACCGCUGUGCAGCUGCAAACAGAGGCGCCAGUGGUGACGGCCUCAGGCCAGCAGGUGCAGACACUCCAGGUAGUCCAGGGACAGCCUCUGAUGGUCCAGGUGAGCGGUGGGCAGCUCAUCACAUCAUCAGGGCAACCUAUAAUGGUGCAGGCCAUGUCGGGGGGUCAGGGUCAAACAAUAAUGCAGGUCCCUGUAUCUGGAGCUCAGGGAUUACAGCAGAUCCAGCUGGUGCAGCCAGGUCAGAUCCAGCUGCAGGGCGGCCAGACUCUCCAGCUCCAGGGCCAGCAGGGUCAGGCCCAGCAGAUCAUCAUCCAGCAGCCUCAGACGGCCAUCACAGCUGGACAGAACCAGGGACAGCAGAUCAGUGUGCAGGGCCAACAGGUCGCACAGACGGCUGAUGGACAAACCAUUGUGUAUCAGCCGGUCAACGCAGAUGGCACCGUCCUGCAGCAGGGAAUGAUCACAAUUCCAGCUUCCAGCUUGGCAGGGGCCCAGAUUGUACAGGCGGGGGGUGCCAACACCAACACCACCAACAGUGGCCAAGGCACUGUGACCGUUACCCUGCCCGUCUCUGGUAACAUGGUCAAUGCAGGUGGAAUGGUCAUGAUGGUGCCUGGAGGUGGUGCAGUUCCCACAAUGCAGCGUAUCCCCCUGCCAGGUGCUGAGAUGCUCGAGGAGGAGCCUCUGUACGUUAAUGCAAAACAGUACCACCGGAUCUUGAAGCGAAGACAGGCACGUGCCAAACUGGAGGCUGAGGGCAAAAUCCCCAAGGAAAGGAGGCAGAAAUACCUACACGAGUCUCGCCACCGUCACGCCAUGCAGCGCAAGCGAGGAGAUGGAGGACGUUUCUUUUCACCUAAAGACAAGGAGGAAAUGGCUUUGGCCCUGGCACAGCAGCAGCAGCAGGAGGUAUCCCAGGCAGAUGAGACCGUGGCCCAGAUGAUCCGAGUCUCAUAACCCUGUCACCAAGAUAAUCUCUUCUGUCUGAACUCUGCCCUGCCUGAGACUCUUCAUCCCAUCCAACCUGCCGCAACCCCAGACUCCCACUUUUACCCCUUCCUGACACGCCGCUAAACACCAACUCACAGAACCACCACUGGGUUUCUACUUUUGUCUCUCCAAGCAGACACUGGUCUUCCAGGAGGCUGACCAUGUGGCUGCUGAGCCUGUUUAUGGUUCAGGUCACUGAAAUGGAGGAGGCUUCCACCCUCCGCUUAUCUGGUUGAGCGCUAAUGGCAAUUUUCACUAGGAUUUGUCUUGUCAAUAAUGAUGCAUGAAGUUAUAGGUAGCCAGGGCAAGUCACUCAGAGAAUAUAACAACUGAUGUCACACCCUGGUCUGUAAAAAGAUGAGAUUUAGUCUCCAGUGGAUGCUUUAAAUAUUUUUUGUUUUCAGAGGACACUUGUUAAAGUAUCACUUGUUAAGGUAUCUUGUAUCUUUUGGGAGGGUCAGGGUUUCAACCCAUGUUUUGUUGAGGAGGGACUAUAUCAAAAGUCCCGCUGAGCAAAAACUGAAAUGUGAUACUAAUGUGAAGAUAUUGUACAGACAUUCUUUUCUUCCCCAGUGUGUAACUGACGUACCUACUAAUUUUCCCAAUUUUGUGAAUGCAUUUUAUACAAUUUUGUGCUUUGACAAAGUGUUUCCAGGAAAACAAUAACAUGGUGUUAAAUCACAUUACACGUUCUAUCCAUGUAGUUACUUCAUCGGUCAAGUGUUUCGUAUUUUCAUUGUAGAUACGUUUUUUUUUUUUUAUCUAUAAAAUGCACCAAUGCAAUGGUUUGUUUUUUUAUUAUAAUAGUAAAAAGGUUGGACAUGUCAAUUAAAUUUUAUUAAGUGAC